AUGUCGUUGUUGCAACUUGUUGAUUUUUCUGACAAUUCAAGUUUUUUCUUACCACCAGCUAUAUAUUCUUUGGCAACUCAUGUUUCCUCUGAUAAUUACUUGGGAUUAACGGAUUCAAAGAUGCUGCAUUUGAGACAUGUCUCCAGAAGUUUCCGCCAUGCUGUGAUUCUCAAUCCUCAAGCAGAUAUUGACCUUAUAAGGAAGUUCAAGAAAUUAAGAACAUUUCUUGCACUUGGAAAUCUGGAAAGGAGUGAACAAAUUAAUGACAGUUUUUUUGUGAAAUUUCAAUUGCUUCGCUUGCUAGAUCUCAAUAGAGCUCAAGUAGACAAUAUACCAAAUCGCAUCGAAAGGUUGAAAUUUUUAGAAUACAUUGAUCUUUCUGGUACCAAUAUAAAGGAGUUACCAGUGGCAAUAACUUCUCUUUUGAAUCUUGAGGCUUUAAUUUUCGAAAAUUGUGAGAAGCUUACCGAAUUGCCUGAGAAAAUAUAUAACCUUGUUCAGUUGAGUUGCCUUGGCAUUGAUGUGAAUUCUAAGCUUCAAUCAAUACCAGACCUGUCUCGGUUUCCAAAUCUUAGAACGUUGGGAACAUUUAUUGUAUAUAGAAGUGAAGAUAACAUAUUGGACAUGUUGGGAAAUUUGAAAAAACUUAGAGGGGCACUUGGAAUAUCAAGGUUAGAAAAUGUUUUAAGUGAGGAAGCAGCCAGGAGGGCUUUGUUGAAAGAGAAGAAAGAUGUCAGAAAGUUGCACUUACAUUGGAGCACAACGUCUGAACUAGGAGCAGAACAACCUGAUCAAUCCCUUAUCCUUCAAGUCCUUGAACCACAUGCUAAUCUUAGGGAGCUACAAAUAUCAGGUUAUUGUGGUUUGAAUUUUCCCAGUUGGAUUGAAGAUCAGUCAUGCUGUAAUCUUAUUGUUUUGCCAUCUAGCUCAUUAGUGCAACCUGCUGGUGGAAUAUGGGACAACAGUCUUAGUCCAGAGGAUAAUCAAGUGAAUCCCAUGUAG